ACGUGGUGUAAGACAACAAAGCUAAAGGUUGACCUGCUGAAAUGAACAAUCGUAAAAUGUGAAGUAAUCUAGUUUCAGAAGAACGCUAAAUAUUGUUUUUAUUUAUAUUAGUAACCAUGGAGAAGCAGUAUUCAGUGAGGUUCUUCACAUCUUUGCUGGAGGCAGUUCAGAAGUUAUGUCGAGAAUAUUUAGACUUCGACCAGUGUGUGGACGUCAGCGGCUACCUCGCCUUGGAAAUCGACAACUACAAGAAGGAGAGAUUUGUGAUCAGCGAGCUGCUACAAAGUACUGGUGAUGUUAUGAGUGAAAGUUACUGUACCAAGGCGUUCAAAACACAGCGGAGAUACGUUUCGAACAGGACUGACGAUAGCAGUGUUCUUAAAGAAAGGAACUCAAACUUCAAUAGUAGGCUAGCAGAUGAACAAAGGGCAGCAAGUUUGAGCCUGUCCUCAUCUAAACAUGUCAUUUCACCGAGAAACAGUUUUAAUCAUGGUAAGAAUGUUUCAUCCCAUACGGUUGUGCGUGCAGACCAGUCCUAUCAUUCUGACCAAAGUGCCAUGUCAGGGAAUUACUAUCAUCCAUCUACGAGCAGCAGUUCAGACUGGACCCCAGCGACAGACUCUUUACAAAGUUUAAAUCCUGCAGACAGUGGAGGGACGAGUAGUCUCAGUAAGAAACGCAGUAUAUCGUCCAGUGUAGACUCGCCCAGUGCCAAGACUCUCAAAACAGAAAGCAUUUCCAUGCCGCACAGCUUGUCGAGUCAGUAUUCCAACCAAGACCCGGGUGGGCUAUCCCACAACCAAACCGAUGGUGACACUGCCUCUGACACUGCGACGACACAUGGUUCAUUAACAGACAUUGUUCACUUGCCCCCUGAUCCCGUGGAGGUGAAGGAGGAACUCGAUGACUGUGUGCUCAUAGACAGUGCCGACGAAGCCGAUGACAGAGACCUUCAGAAUGUCCUCAGUGCCGAUGAUUCUAGCAGCUCAAUGUACGACAGUUCCGGUUUGCCACUCUCCUUUCCAUCCCCGGGUGAAGGAAUGCCCGGUAUGUCUGAUCAGCCUGGGUCGAGUCAACAGAAGGAACAUGACUACGUCUGGAACUAUCCCCCAAGACGCUCUGUCAGACAGUACACUGAGGAGGACAUGAGCAGUGCAAUCAAAGCUGUUCUUGACCAGAAGUGGACGAUCAUGAAAGCAAGCCAGGCAUUUGGUGUUCCGGAGACAACCCUGAAGCGUAGACUGCCACUUAUUGGUAAACGCAACCGGAUGACUAUUCUGACAAAUGAGGAGGAGGACAUGCUGGUUAAGAUGAUAAAGGAGAGAGCAGACAGUGGACAACACCUGUCACGACAGGACCUCUUCAGAGAGGUGAAGAAGAUUCUGGAUGAAAAACAGAAAGUCACACACUUCCAGAACAACCUGCCUAGUUAUGGAUGGCUUAUAUACUUCUUAAAGAGGCACCCAGAACUUCCUAAGGAGUAUUUGAAACAAAAGUUUACAGACUUCUUAUAUACUUCUUAAAGAGACACCCAGAAUUGCCUAAGGAGUAUUUGAAAUUUAAGUUUACAAACUUCUCAUAUACUUCUCAACGAGACACCCAAAAUUACCUAAGGAGUAUUUGAAAUUUAAGUUUACAGACUUCUCAUAUACUUCUCAACGAGACACCCAAAAUUACCUAAGGAGUAUUUGAAAUUUAAGUUUACAGACUUCUUAUAUACUUCUUAAAGAAACACCCAGAACUGCCUGAGGAGUACUUGAAACAAAAGUUUACAGACUUCUCGCCAGUAAAUCCUGUUACUCAGUAAACUGAUGUCCAGUGCUGAAUUCUACUGGUAAUUAGGCACACAAGCGUGAUUGGAACAAUUUUACAGCAAUGAGUCUGUGAGAGUAACUUAAACUCGUUUUGUUUUUGUUUUUGUUUUUUGUUUUUUAGAUACCCUUUUUAAAAGUCGUGGGAUGCUUUUUAAUAUAGUGCUUCUAAGAUUUUGUUUUUAACUGUGAUACAAGACAUUAGUCUUGAAGGUUUAUCCAUGUUUAGCAUAUUGGUACCACUUAUACGCAGCGUGUCUUUUCAUGUUUUAUGUACUGAGCUUUUGACUUCCCUCUGCAGAGAUAAGAUUUUCAAAUACGAGACUUCAGAAACGGAUUUCAAAAAAAACCCCUGAAACACCAUUGUUGGUACUUUUUUCUUAAAAACAACUAUAGCCAUCAAAUGAGCAGGCAGAUGCACUGAAAGGUUUAUGCGACAGCCGGAUAAUGCAAUGUUUAAAAUUUAAUAUUGUGGACAAUCCAACUGAGGUAGUCUGCCUGCCAUGACUGUCUUUUACGCUGAAGGGAGCUGCCAAUUGAAUAAUAAUUAGUGCAUUCAGUGACAUCGAGGAAGUGGUAGAAGUUGCGAUAAUAUGCAAAGGUACCGAUCUUUAACAUCAUCAUGGUUGUUGGUGUGUGGCAGUCCUUUUAUCCCACGAUCCAUCACAUUCCACACGGAAUGGUUUAAGGGUGGUGGUGAACAGUUAUUACAGGUGCCAUGUUUAAUCACUGAAGCCAACUUUGAAGUUCAAAUGUAAAGAAUGUUUUCAGACGUUGGUUGCGUUUAGUCUCAAUUUACUCUGAUAAUUUAUUCAUCGAUAUUAUUAUUCACAGAUAUUAUUAUUAUAAUGUAGUAUUAUAAAAACAAUCCCUUGCAAUUUUAUUUUAACUCUGCAUGUUGUAUAAUGUAGUACUUUGUAUUUAUGAUAUAAAGUUUGUUUUGUUUAACAACACCACUAGAGCUAAUUGAUUUAAUAAUCAUCGGCUAUUGGGUGUCAAACAUUUGGUAAUUUUGAUAUAUAGUCUUAGAGAGAAAACCUGUUACAUUUUUCCAUUAGAAGCAAGGGAUCUUGUAUAUGCACCAUCCUGCAGUCAGGAUAGCACAUACCACGUCCUUUGAUAGAACAGUCGUGGUGUACUGGCUAGAGCGACAAAUAGCUAUAUGGGCACACCAACAGAGAUCGAUCCUAGAUUGACCGUGCAUCAGUCGAGUGCUUUAGUACUGGCCUACGUUUCGCUCCUGGAUUUGUGAUAUAGUCUUGUGUUAAUAAUUGAAGUUACAUGGUCAUGGUGUCUAAACACUUGAAACAUUUUGUUUCCUGAAUUACAUUUACCUUUAAGUGGGUGUGUAUGGUCAUGAUUCUCUAUAAAAUAAUAUAUUACCUUUAGAUUGGCUCAGAUGAGAUUUUGUAAUAUUUGGACAACAAAAUAGCAAUGAUUUGAUGACUUAGUUCUGUUUUGUUUUUCUGUUUUAUAUUUAAUAUAUUAAUAUAUAAUAAUAAUAAUAAUAAUAAUAAUAAAAAAAAAUAAUGGUUGAUCCUGAAGGGAGGGGGGGGGGAGGCACAUACCUCCCCCCAACCUGUUCCGACUUUGUAUACACCUGCUAUUAUCGGAGGUUUUUGUUUAUAGGAGUGUGUAUUUUUAGAAUACAAAAAGUGACCUUUGCCAGAUGGGUGAGGUGGAGUUUACGUGUCUUUUUAAUGCAUAAUAGUUGUUUUGUAGAUGGUUGCCAAUUGCUUUUAAAACGUCUGGGUAUUAUGACAUUUCUGACGUUGUUAAGUAUAUUGCUUUGCCUGUUAGGUUUAUCAUCGUAGGGUUGAGACCGUUUUAUCAUUUUCUUAUGCUGACCCAAACGUAAUAAUGUGGGCCCUAGUGUGUGAUGUGUAUUUACAGUUUUGGGAAUGCAUAACAUCACUAUUGAGGACGUGGACCAUGCUCUGCUGUGGUUAAAAUGAAGUGAACACUACAGAAAGCAAGUGGCACAUUGUCCAUGGCCACACAUUGAAGCCCAGGUUACCGAUGUUACGUUUAAGAAGUUCAAAAACAGUUCUAACAAUAACAUAAACACUUCGUUAAAAACAAUAUUCCAAGGUUCGUUUUUACAUAUUGGAUACCUUGUAAAGUAAUAAUUUCAGAUGUUUAGAUUUUAUUUAUUUAAAUUCAUCUUGUGUGAUACUAUCCAGGAUCCACCAGUGUUGCCUUGCAUAAAGCAGGUUUCUGCUUUAUUGUGUGUUAAUACGUGCUUUCAACACCUUUUGUUUAUUUAUUUUGUAUUCUUUUGGAAUAAAGUGUUUCUGUUGUAUAA